AUGCUAGUAGCCCAAGCUUUCUGCAAGUGCCCUUCAAAAAAGGGUGCUAAAAAGCCUCUUGUGAAGAAGAAUAGCGCUAAAAAGUCCCUUGUUGCUAAAGCCCUAGUGAAGAAACCCCUGGCUAAGAAGGCUACCAAAAAAACGCCUAAGAAGGUUGUAGCUACUCCUCUAAAGAAAAGACACUGGAAGGCUGGUAGUAAGUACUUGUUUGAUUACUAUAAGUACCCUUUUAACGUUUUUGCAAAGAGAUUAUAUACGAUGUUUCUUAACAAGAUGACCUUUGCUUUCAGAAGGCAGCUAUUCUUAUACUCCAGGAGGCUGCUGAGACUCAUCUUAUAG